AUCAUCUUUGCACGGAAAGUGGAAAGCUCUAUGUGUGCGCAUGCGCUCCCAGGAUUAAUGUCAAGGCACAAAAGUGGCGCUACACCGAUUCGAGCUGCACUCCGGUGGUUGCCUUAGUGAUGGAUGGGGAGUCAGAACCAAACCCUGCCAUGGCAGAAGAGGCAGGGGAGUGGGUGGAGCCCAUGGACGCCACUCCCUCCCCACAGCAACAGACAACGCCCCUUCCAGAGGAGCCUGGGGAGGCAGUUUCCAUGGUGACAGAAGAUGGGACCACAAAAGAAGGCGGCACAGAAGACAAUGAUGAUGACGUGGUUCUCGUUGCAGAGGACUCUCCCCAGCCUUCUGACACAGUCUUUUCCCAAGACACGCCUAACGUAGACUGCCUAGAGCCAGCUGCAGCUGUGGCAACAAUAGACAUGUCCACGGCAGCAGUACCUUCUAAGACCCCCAGUCCUCCUGUGUCUUCCAGCACAUCCACCGUGGCACCAGCCCCAAAACCUCAAACCACAGAAGCAGAGCCUAUUGUCAUUGAUGAUGAGGAGGAUUCUGAUCAGAAAGACACAUCCUCCUCCUCACUGGCGCCCCCUGGAGACUCCUCUGCAUCCCACUCACCAGGUGCACUCAGCAGCACCGAGCCGGACUCUGAGAUCAGGAUUGCCAGUGUCACCACACUGGGCUCCAGCAGCCACAAAGGAAGCAACACAGUUCCUGCAGUAACUAUUCCAUCACAUCCAGUGGACGACCAGACAGACAUGAACCUGAUGAUAACUGCAGUGACAUCACUGCAGGGCGGAGCGACGGCUGUCACGGCGGCAGGUGAAGGCCCGGCAGAGCAGAAUGGUCUGCAAAUCGGUAAUGCGUUCACCCUGAAUCCCGACACCCCAUCUGUUCGACCGACGGCCUCCUUCAACCCUGGGCGGGGCUCAGGCCCCAUGGGGCAGCUGGUGCAGAAUGGAGACACAGGGGCACACAGCAGAGCAGGUAGUGACUUUAUUAUCAGAAGAAAUUUAAUUUGCCAUGUUUUUUGCUUGAUGUCAGAGGUCAAAUGUUACAAUGGGACCAAACGCAACCAAAAGCAGACUGGGGUGGACUCUCCGUCACCAGCCACUUCCCUACCCAAACCCCCAAGCCAGUCUUCCUCAUCGACCUCCUCCUCAGGCUCCCAGCCACAGCCCAGGACUGUCAAGGUGACCUGCGCUAACUGUAAAAAGCCUCUGAAAAAAGGCCAAACCGCCUACCAACGUAAAGGGUCCACACACCUGUUCUGCUCCACCACCUGUCUGUCUGCCUUCUCACACAAACCCGCCCCCAAGAAGAGCUGCACCAUGUGCAAGAAGGACAUCACAAACAUGAGGGGUACCAUCGUGGCCCAGGUUGACUCCAGCGAGUCUUUCCAGGAGUUCUGCAGCACCGGCUGCCUAGGUGCAUACGAGAACAAGCAAAACCCACCCAAAUCGGGCCUCAAAACCAAAUGCACUGUCUGUGGCAAGCUCACAGAGAUCCGGCAUGAGGUUAGUUUUAAGACUGUGACCCACAAGAUCUGCAGCGACGCGUGUUUCAACGUUUACCGCAGGGCCAACGGGUUGAUCAUGAACUGCUGCGAGCAAUGUGGCGACUACCUGCCUAGCCGAGCAUCAGCCAACCACUUCCUGCUGGUCGAUGGCCAACAGAAACGCUUCUGCUGCCAGAACUGCCUCAAGGAGUACAAGCAGGCCCACAGUAAACUUGCUAGCUGCCUGACAUGCAAAACACUGAUCAAGACAGGUGAGGUGCUCCACAGCCUCGGAGUGGGCAGCACCAUGGGCUCCUACUGCUCUGUCAACUGCAUGAACAAGGGCAAGCUUGCAUCUGCCUCCUUCCUCAACACAGAGCCCACAUGUCACUUCUGUAAGAGGAAUUCAUUACCACAGUACCAGGCCACACUGCCAGAGGGAAACAUCCUCAACUUCUGCAGCUCCCAGUGUGUUACCAAGUUCCAGAAUGCUACUCUUCAAACAGCCACCAAUUGUAACUACUGUCGAGGAGCAUUCAGUCUGAAGCCUGAAACUCUGGAGUGGGAGGAUAAAGUCUACCAGUUCUGCAGUAAGACAUGCUGUGAGGACUACAAGAAACUCCACUGUAUUGUGACAUUUUGUGAGUACUGCCAAGAGGAGAAGACGCUACACGAGAUGGUCAAGUUCUCUGGGGUCAAGAGGCCUUUCUGCAGCGAGGGCUGUAAGUUGUUAUAUAAGCAGGAUUUUAUCAAGCGGUUAGGUCUGAAGUGUGUCAGCUGUAACCACUGCAACCAGCUGUGUAAGAGAGGCCUGACUCGGCAGCUCGGUGGCAUGACUCGGGACUUCUGCAGUGAAGCAUGUGCCAAGAAGUUCGACGACUGGUACCACAAGGCAGCGCGGUGUGACUGCUGUAAGGUGCAGGGCAACCUGACGGAGUCUGUGAUGUGGAGAACAGAGAUGAAGCAUUUCUGUGACCAGGAGUGUUUGUUGAAGUUUUACUGCCAGCAGAACGAGCCCAUCAUGGUCACACAGAAAGGCCCUGAAAACACAACCCUAGGGUUUGAAAUGCAAGGGACCAAACUUGGGCUGAUUAGUCCGACCAGUGUUAUUUACGAUAAACUGAUUCAUUUCGAAUAUUUACUGGCUUCAACCAGUGCUGGUGAAGCAGCAAGAGAGGAUCAGGAAGAGAGAGAUGUACAAGAGCAACGUGCUACUACUGUGGGAGAGCCAUCUAGUUCAGGAGGGACAGGUCAUAUGAACAGCACAGAGCUGGUGAACCAGGGAACUGUGGGGUACACUGGAGGCAGCUUGGUAAGAGAUGUUAAGAACAAGGCAGUGCUCUGCAAACCGCUCACGCUAACCAAGGCUACAUACUGCAAACCGCAUAUGCAGAGCAAACAUCUACAGACAGAUGUAGAAGAUGGUGUGAAGAAGGAGUAUGUUCCUGUGCCCAUACCUGUGCCCGUAUUCAUCCCCAUACCCAUGAAUAUGUAUGCCCAGAUCACUCCCACGCCACUUUCUCUUCCUGUACCGGUCCCUGUGCCUGUGUUCUUGCCCACCACCCUGCAGGGGGCAGAGCAGAUCAUCCAGACCAUCAGUGAGCUGAAAACUAAGGUGCCCUCUGACCCUCUGGAGGCUGACCUGCUCUCCAUGGCUGAGAUGAUUGCAGAGAACCAGAGGCCAGAUGUGAAGCCAGUGAAGGUGAAGAGGGAGUGUGGAGCGGAGGAGUCCUCCAGCAGCAGCUCUGAGGAAGAGGAGGAAAAGUAUGAGCCCAACUUGGACCUGGAGGCAGACUUCCCUCAAGCUUCAGACCCUGUUCCAGUCCUGGAGGGAAUGGAUGAGGACAUGGGCUUCUCUCUACCUCCGGUUCUGGCAGAAGAGACGGAGGAGCCACAGGAGUCGGUAUCUCGACCACAGCCCAAGAGACAAGGGAACAAGAGGCAGGCGGUAGAGGAGAGCUCCAAUCUAGCCAUGUCCUCUUCUCCCCAUUCAGCAGGGAGACGCUCAGAAGGACGAUCACUGCCUCUCAAAGCUCGCUAUGGCAUCAAUGCUUGGAAACGAUGGGCGCUGUCUCCUUCUGACCAAUCAGAUGACACCAAAGCAAAGGACAGCUCCAAACCAGCAUGGUGUAAAAGUAACCUGUUAUCCCUGAGUUCAGAGGAGCUGAACGUGGCUCUAUCCCGGUUUGUCAAAGAGGUUUGCAGACCCAGUGGGGAGCGCUACUCUCCAGACAGCAUCCUAUACCUCUGUCUGGGGAUUCAGCAGCAUCUUCAUGCCAGAGGAUGGAAGGAUGACCUGUUUAGUGACCCAUGCUACCAGCAGUUUGGAGAGGAGCUUAACAGGGUCCUGAAGGACUGGCAGCCCAGUGUGCUUCCCGAUGGUUCUCUAUGGGGUCGAGUGGAGGAGCAGAGCCUGUGGAGCAGCCGGCAUCUUGGCGAGCAGAGCCCCGCCGCUCUGCUGCGCUCUCUGGUCUACCUGAACACCAAAUACUUUGGCCUGCGCACCGUGGAGCAACACCUCCGCCUCUCCUUCGCUAACGUGUACGGCCCUGACAUGGUCCAUCCUGUCACCAAGGAGACCACUGUCUGCAUCCGAGUGCCUUCCAUCUCUCAGGAUCACCAUGUGCAAACAGAGUCUAGGAAGAGGAAGCGUAAAUUGGAGGAUGUCGAUGGCGAUCAGGACUAUGCACAGGACAAUGAGUCAGGAGGCUCCACCUUACACUGUCCUGUGAAGAAGCAUGAGUGUCACUUAUACGAGCUCUACAGAGCGAAGUGCCCUGCAUUGUUACACGAGCGUUUAGAUGUCUUCUAUGUGCAGCCGGAUGCGGCCUGCAGCCCCGAUGAGCCACUGUGGUUCAGCUCCACGCCGCUGGAGCGACGGAUCCUGGAGAGCCUCCUCACCAGAGUCCUCCUGGUCAGGGACGUUUACACAGACAAACAGCACCUGGAGGAAGAUGAGGACGAAGGUGACGGGGGUGAAACGGUUGCGGGAGAGUAGCAGUGACUUGGACUUGGGUUAGUAGAGCCUAAACAGUCAGCGGAGGAGGAUGAGGAAGAGGAGAUGAGCUAGUGUGAGUGCUCUUCCCGUCUUAUCGUCUGGUCCUCCUCAUGUGCUCCUUGUUGACUUGUUUCCUCCUGGUGGCGUCCACAACAAGGGGCCUGAAAGUAUAGAGGAUGGUGAAAAUGUUGAAGAGCUGCCCGCAUUUAUACUUGUGCUGAGGUAUUCACAAACUGAGGAGGAAGAAGCAGUGAAGCUAGAGGACAAGAAUUUUCCCUCCGGUCAUAAAGCAGAAGGGAAGAACUGGCAUAAAUGUCUUCUGACGUCAGGAACCAGCUGGAAUUAGCAGCUGGAGGAGAAAAAGAUAAAAGGAGGUUGAGCUGUAAUUUGUUCUCAUGGUCAAAGUUAAAUCAGGUUGAAUGUGAGAAGCUAGGAUGUGCUGUUGAUCACUGCUAACAAUUCUGAGGGUGUAAUGUUCAUUGUGCUCAAGCAAGCAGCUUAAAAAUAUUUGCAUUAUUAACAACAAUCAUACUUUAAGAAAAGUUAUGUGGAGGCUACAAGGAGAGAAACACAGGGAGGAAGGGUCAGGAUGAUAUGAGCGCUUUAUGUCCUGCUCACCAUCACUCUGGAUGGAGAGACUGGAGCAGCCACUUAACAGUUGCACAACAGAGGGGAGAAGGCAGGGUAGAGUCUGGACAAACCCACCCAGAGGAGGAGACAGUCGUAUGUUCCCAGCUGGUAGGUUGACACUCCAUCUUCACAUUGUCAAUUAAAGGAUGUUCUCAGGCCAACGUUAAACUACGGUUCCCAGCUUAGCAGUUAAUCGUGUUUGCAACAACUGUUAAGUACUAUUUUAUAGUUAAAUUUUAUAUUUUAAUAGACAAACACUAGUCUGUUGCAUCGUUGACAGCACCCAUCAGUCAUGCGCUUCUGUCCAGUGCUGUGUCAUCUAUGGAGUUUUCUCAUUUCUACUGUUGCAUUGGUCAAUUAACUUGGUUUUGUGGAUUUAUGAUUUGAAGGUUGUCAGUCAGUUCACAGUCAGAGAGACUUCCAAAUUAGAAGUCUCUUUCUUUUGUAAGCCUCAGUCAGCUCAAACUGCACAGAGUGAACAAGGUGACAUUACACUCUGUCUUAGAAGUGUUUGCUCUGUUUGUCAUUUACGUCCACUGAAGCUUGUUUGACAGACAAAUCCAAGUGUGCAUUUCCUGUUUUGAUGCGACCUCAUCCCAUGCAUUGCCACUCAGCCCCUUUACAUUGGGAUGAUAUCACAGAAAUACAACUCCUCCUCUAGGCCCCAGAAGUCUUUUACAAAUAUAAAA